GUAUUAGUAUAGAGAGUAUCAUUGAUAUAGUUAGCAUAGUAGUUAUAGCUAGUGGUUUGUUAGCAUAGAUAGUACACUUAGUGUUAGCACUGUUAGUAUCCUUGGUACACUUAGCAUAAGUUAGUAUAGUUAAUAGUUUACUGGCAUAGUUAGUGUUAGCACUGUUAGUAUAGUUAUUAGCAUUAGGAUAGUUUAUAGCACUGUUAGCAUACACGGUAUUGUUAGAACAGUUAGCAUUCUUAGUGAGGGCUUAGCGGUAGUGAGUAUAGUUAGUGGUAUAGUUAGUAUAGUUAGGUAAUUAGUAUAGCUUAGUGGUAGUUAGUGUAGUUAGAGAUCCAGGACCUCAUGGCCAUCUCUGUUAACAAGAUUGUUCAUAUUGAGAAUUAUGAUAUCCUUCACACAAUUGGUGAAGGCCAAUUCGCCAAAGUGAAGUUGACCCGGCAUGUUCUGACCAAGGAGGUGGUAGCCAUCAAGGUCAUUCAAAAGACAAAUGAGAGCUCCUCCAGCCUCAAGGAAUGGAAUCAAGAGGUUAAUAGACUAAAAACCGUAAACCACCCAAAUAUUGUAAAACUACUAGAAGUAAUUGAUACUGAGGAGGCUCUAUUUAUAGGAAUGGAGUACAUCAGCGGAGGAGACUUGUUCACCUACUUGGAAGCCAAAGGCCGCGUGACGGAGGGGGAGGCCCGAGGCCUGUUCCGCCAGCUGCUCUCGGCUCUGCAGCACUGCCACCAGCGGGGCGUGGUGCACCGGGACUUGAAACUGGGCAACCUCCUCCUCGAUGCCAACAACAAUGUCAAGAUCUCUGACUUCGGCCUUAGCAACCAGUGGCACCCACAAAAGAAGCUAGACACUUUCUGUGGCAGCCCUGCGUUCAUGGCCCCAGAACUCUUCCUGAGGAUGCCUUACACAGGCCCAGAGGUGGAUGUGUGGAGCCUCGGCGUCAUCCUGUACAACAUGGUAACUGGAUCCCUCCCCUUCAGAGGACAAGAUUUCUGGGAGCUGCGGCAGCGUGUGCUUAGGGGGCAGUACCAUGUGCCCAAAUCUCUAUCCAAUGAGAUAACAGAUUUAUUAGACAGAAUGCUAAUGCUCGACCCUACCAACAGAAGUAGUUUAGAUGAUGUUUGGCAGCAUCCAUGGGUGAACAUAGGCCAGGAAGAGCCACUCCCGCCAGCCUGUGAAGAGCACCCUGGGAUGACAGGAGAGUUGAUACUGGGCUGGUGAGGGGACCA